AGCGCAGUUGCUUUUUGUAGUCGAAGGUAUUGAAUUUUUAUCUAACGGCCAAGAGUUAUAUUUUUUAUGAAAUUAAAUAUUUCUGUGACUUGACUACAGAAGUUAAUUAUUUCAAAUUCACUAUCAAUAUCUUCGAAUUUAGAGGACACCUGGUUUGAGUAAAUGAAGGAUAUUAAAUAGAUAAUACUAACAUAAUUUAGGUUAUCAAUUUAAUUUCUUUGUGUUUUUUCAUUCAUCAAUUAUUAUAUGUUCAUUCUAUUAUAAUGCCUUUGACAGAUGAAAAAAAACCAUUGUUGAAUGGUAAUGAUGGAUAUCCAUAUUCUAGCACACCUCAACCAAGUUCAGAAUCGCCUACAUCAUCAUUAAUUGAUCCUGGUACCAUGCCUUCCACAAAUAUCAUUAAUGAAGGAAAUUCAGAAUAUACAGUUCCAGAAAUGGGACCAGAAAAUUCUGCUUCUAAAGUUACUUGUAGGGUUUGUCAAGAAAUGAUAGAUGUACUUGGCAAAAAAGAGCAACAUGUUGUCAAAUGUAAUCGGUGUAAUGAAGCAACUCCAAUUCGUAGUGCUCCAGCAGGAAAAAAAUAUGUACGAUGUCUAUGCCAUUGUUUAUUGAUAUGUAAAAGUUCUUCACAACGUAUUGCAUGUCCACGAGCAAAUUGUAAACGUGUUAUUAAUUUAGCACCAAGUCCAGUAACUCCGCCUGUUCCUCAGGUUCCAGGAAUGUGCCGUGUAACUUGUGUACAUUGUCAGGAUACAUUCCUUUUUAAUAUGUUGCAAAAUGCAUUGGCAAGAUGUCCACACUGUAGAAAAGUAUCAUCAGUUGGACCUGAAUUUGCAAAAGCAAAGGCAAUAUUUUUCUUAAUAAUAGCUAUUAUAGUACUAGUUGUUGGUGGAGUUGUAACCUUCUUAACAUAUUCAUUUGUAUUGUCUCAUACUACCUACCUUGUUUUUUAUAUUGCAUUUGUGGUACUUUUGCUCAUUGCAUUGUGGAAAUGUUUAUACUAUUAUAAAAUUAAAGUCAGUUCAAUAGAUGGACCUGUUUAACUACUUCUGCAUGUAGUACUAAUAUUAAUAUUAUUCAGUAUAUAAACUUUUACAGGCUAUAAAUAAUAUAUUUUUAAAUCAUGAUAUUAAUGUUUAAAUACAAAAAUUGUGUUUUAUUGAUUUUGUUUAUAAUUGGUAUAU